AUGGCCUUGAAACCCCUUCUCCUCCUCCUCUCUCUCUACUCCACUCUCAUAUCCUGCGCUCCAACAUCCGAGCUUCCAAUCAUUGACCUUGGCUACGUCCAACAACGAGCCACCGUCUACAACUCCACCAACGACUACUAUAUCUUCAAGAACGUCCGCUUUGCCGCCCCGCCUUUUGGUGAUCUCCGUUUCCGCAAACCCACCCCACCAGACUACGAGGGGAAAAUCCAGGAUGGCAACAUUACUGGGACAGAGUGUGUGCAGACCCUUCCGGGAAUGGCCGUAGAAGCUGGUGAAGGUAUAUUAAGUGGGGAAACUUAUACAAUUGGAACUGAAGACUGUUUGUAUCUGGACGUGUAUGUACCUGCUUCGCUCAAAGCGACGGAUAAAGCGCCAGUGCUUCAGUGGUUCUUUGGGGGUGGGUAUAUGUUCGGUAGUAAGGAAAUGUGGGGUGAUCCAGCAGAGUUGAUUAAAUCCGCGGAUGAGCCAAUGAUUUAUGUUGCGUCGAACUAUAGGCUUGGCGCUUUUGGGUGGCUUGCGGAUGCAAACCAGGAUAUUGACGUUAAUGUUGGGCUCCAUGAUGUCCGCGCAGCUAUGGACUGGGUCAACGAUCAUAUCUCCAAAUUUGGCGGUGACCCAGAGAGAGUCACUGUAAUCGGGGAGAGUGCGGGCGGUGGAGUAAUUAUGCACACGAUCGUUGCGUACGGUGGCGAACAUUCACCGCCGCCGUUUAAACAGGCAAUUCUGCAAUCUCCAGGUCUGCUAGCAGAUAGGAACUCUUUCGAGAGACGAAGCAGUGGCUACCAGAAUUUCCAGAAUUCUGCCAACUGCACUAGCCUUGAAUGCCUGAGAGCGGCGUCCACUGAGACUCUGACCGUAGCCAAUGAUGCGGUCCUCAAAUCUGGUCUUAUGGUACCCACACCCGUAGCAGAUGGGGAUUAUAUCCCAGACCUAGCUACCAUUUUGUUGUCCGAAGGAAAAUUCCACCACAUUGAUAGUAUCAUUGCGUCGAAUACAUGGUAUGAGGCCGGCCUGUUCAUACUAACAAUUGGCAAUGUAACUUCCGAAACCUUUAGAGACUUCGCUCAAGGCAACAUCGCGAAUAUCUCGGCGUCCUCUCUUGCCAGACUCGAGGAGCUCUAUCCAAAAGGCAGUAACGAAGCCGAGGAAUACAAAAGAGUUGCAGACCUAAUGCAAGAUGUCUUCAUUAAUUGCAAUGUCGUCGCCUUGGCGAAGGCCUUCGGUGAUGAUACGUACCGCUAUAUCUUCAAUGUAUCCCGAGCCUGGCACGGAGAUGAUGUGCUUUAUAACUUUUACAACCCAGGCAUUGAUGUUCCCGGAGCACCGCCAGUCAGCGUGUGGGCUGCUAAGGCGCAUCAGGAGUACUUGACUGACUACACAGUAAAGGGAGACCCUGGUUGUGCGGACACACCUUCUUGUUUUACGAAGUAUGGUACAGAGGAGACUUCGUUGAUGAUCACUGAUGAGAAUGUUGAAAUUUUAUCGGCCGACCCAUGGAAUAACGAGAGAGUUGACUUUUUGAUUAACGGUGUGUGGGAGAAUUGA